AUGGACUUUGAAGCUGAACCAAAUCUGCAUUCGUUGAUCAAUUCCGAGACUUACAAGUGGAUCUUUGUCGGUGGGAAAGGUGGUGUUGGGAAGACCACCUCUUCGUGUUCCAUCGCUUUGCAAAUGGCGAAAGCGCAGCCCUCGAAGCAGUUUCUGCUGAUCUCUACCGAUCCAGCGCACAACCUGAGUGAUGCGUUUGGAGAGAAAUUCGGUAAGGACGCCAGGAAGGUUACAGGGAUGGACAACUUGUCCUGUAUGGAGAUCGACCCAUCUGCCGCACUAAAGGACAUGAACGACAUGGCCGUCUCGAAGAACCAGGAAAACGGGGGACGGGUGACGGGUUGGGGGAGUCUGCUACAGGGUGGUGCCAUGGCCGAGUUGACUGGGUCCAUCCCGGGUAUUGACGAGGCAUUGUCCUUCAUGGAGGUCAUGAAGCAUAUCAAAAGGCAGGAGAGUGGCGAGGCUGGUGAUAACUUUGACACCGUUAUUUUCGACACUGCCCCCACGGGCCACACGCUGAGAUUCCUGCAAUUGCCAACAACUUUGUCCAAACUACUGGAUAAGUUCGGGGAGAUCACGGGGAAGUUGGGGCCCAUGCUGAACUCGUUUAUGGGUGCCGGCAACGUGGAUGUCUCUGCCAAACUAAACGAAUUGAAGGCUAACGUCGAAACAAUCAGAGAACAGUUCACUAACCCUGAUUUGACCACCUUUGUCUGUGUCUGCAUCUCCGAGUUCCUGUCCCUUUACGAGACUGAGAGAUUGAUCCAAGAACUGAUUUCCUACGACAUGGACGUCAACUCUAUUAUUGUGAACCAGUUGCUGUUUGCAGAACAGGACAAUGAGCACAACUGUAAGAGAUGUCAGUCCAGAUGGAAGAUGCAAAAGAAGUAUUUGGACCAAAUCGGGGAACUGUACGAAGACUUCCACGUCGUUAAGAUGCCUCUAUGUGCGGGCGAAAUCAGAGGCCUGAACAAUCUGAUUAAAUUCUCCCAAUUCUUGGACAAGGAGUACGACCCGGUGGCCGACAACCAAAUUAUCUACCAGCUAGAGGAGAAAAAUUGA